UGUAUGGCUUCCCUGGAGCCCAGAAGAGCAAGUUUUUUAUUAUAAAAUAAUCAACAGUUAAACAAGCAGAUAUGACCUGUAAUAUUAACAUACAGCGCCUCAGAAGUAGUAAACACACACACGCACACACACACACACACGAAAUUGCCUUAAACAACGUUAGUGGAAACUUCCGCAGUAAACAUCCUCUGAUCGCUGUCAUUGGUUGAUUUCCGUCACGUGGUCCGCUUAUUAAAGUCAUGUGAGCUGCGCAGCGGAGAUGUGCUCAGAAGUGUCAUGGCGGCGGUGAAGAAGUGUCAUUUCUGAGUAGUUUGGCUGUAAACCUUCCGUUUUCUUAGCCCUGCAGAGUGUUUUCUCGGGGGCACUGUAUUCUGUAAACCGUCACUAUGGGUUUUGAAUAGUGUUUGUUAGUUUACGUGUGACGAAGAGAAGAUUUGGACACAAAAGGGAGCAGCGGCAGCCUGACUCAUCCUCCUCACAGCCAUGUCUCUGGCCGAGCCAGCGUCGGACUCGGCGCCGUUCUUCUCCUCGGACAGUGAAGCCGAAGGUCCGGAUGAUCAGCCGGCGGUUCAGCCGGAGGAGUCGGCGAGCGGAGUGUCCAAAGUGCGAGCUCUGCUCACCGUCCUCAUCCUCUGUUACAUCAACCUGCUCAACUACAUGGACCGAUUCACCGUCGCAGGUGUUCUCCCUGAUAUCGAGCACUACUUUGGGAUUGAUGAUUCAAAAUCUGGUCUCCUCCAAACAGUUUUCAUCUGCAGCUACAUGUUUCUGGCGCCGUUCUUCGGUUACCUCGGCGACAGGUACAACAGGAAGUUCAUCAUGAGUUUCGGCAUCACGUUCUGGUCGUUAGUGACGCUGGCCAGCUCCUACACACCCAAAGAGCACUUCUGGGCUCUGCUGCUGACCCGAGGUUUGGUCGGAGUCGGAGAAGCCAGCUACUCCACCAUCGCUCCAACCAUCAUCGCCGACCUCUACGUCAAAGGGAAGAGGACCAACAUGCUCUCCGUCUUCUACUUCGCCAUUCCUGUCGGCAGUGGUCUCGGCUACAUCGUGGGCUCACAAGUCAGUAACGUAGCAAAGGACUGGCACUGGGCUCUGAGGGUGACUCCGGGCUUGGGGCUGAUCGCUGUGCUGCUGCUGCUGUUUGUGGUCCAGGAACCAAAAAGAGGCGCCAUCGAGGCUCGACCCGAACAUCAGCUUCACCAGACCAGCUGGCUGGUGGACCUGCAGGCCUUGAGCAAGAACCGCAGCUUCGUGUUGUCCACCUUCGGCUUCACGGCGGUGGCCUUUGUGACGGGAUCUCUGGCUCUCUGGGCUCCGACCUUCCUCUUCAGAGCUGCCGUCUUCGCUGGAGAGCGAGCUCCCUGUUUGGAGGCUCACUGCGCCUCCUCCGACAGUCUGAUUUUUGGGGCCAUCACCUGCGUCACAGGUGUUCUGGGCGUGGCCAGCGGCGUCCAGGUGAGUCGGCAGCUGAGGAAGAGGACGCCGCGAGCCGACCCGCUGGUCUGCGCCGCCGGCCUGCUGCUGUCGGCGCCGUUCCUCUACCUGGCCAUCGUGUUCGCUCAGGCGAGCACCAUCGCCACAUACAUCUUCAUCUUCCUCGGGGAGACGUUUCUGUCCAUGAACUGGGCCAUCGUAGCUGAUAUUCUACUGUAUGUUGUUGUUCCGACCCGCCGAUCCACCGCUGAGGCUCUGCAGAUCGUCGUGUCUCAUCUGCUGGGAGAUGCAGGAAGUCCAUAUCUGAUCGGAGUGGUCUCCGACUCUCUGAGGAAAAACGACUCGUUCCUCUGGCAGUUCCGCUCCCUGCAGCUCUCCCUGCUGCUCUGCUCCUUCGUGGCCGUGGUGGGCGGAGCUUUCUUCCUCGCCACGGCGCUCUUCAUCGAACAAGACCGAAACCGAGCCGAGAACUACGUCCUCACAGACGACGAGCCGAUCGUGGUUCCUAAAAGCGGCCGGUCGACUCGGGUUCCUGUGUCCAGCGUCCUGAUCUGACAAACCUGACGGAGGCUCUUCUCUCAGCUGUGGUUCUUCUAUUUAAUCUUCACGACUGCUGGGCAGAAACGCUUUUAUUUACAGGAUUUGUGACUCUUUUUUUUUUUUUUUUUAAGAACUUCUCCGGGAACAUUUUUGAGAGCACUUUGUUUGGCCUCCAGAUGUUGUUUUUGCUCGACACGAGGCUCGUCGGUGUUUUCAGAGCUGAUAUGACGUCGAGAUCGAGCUCUAAAGACUCCCAGCAUCGACAGAAGAAGCUCUGAGGAUUAAAUUCCACCGUUUAUCCAGGACAGAAAUGACCUGAUGCUUCUCUUUAAAGCAACUGAUCCAGGAUCAGAGACGAUUAUCUGCAGUUUAACCUCAACCAAGUACAGAUCUUAACUCAUUUUAUAUCCAGGAGGAGCUUUAAUAGUCAGUUUUCAUAACUUCCUUUGUAAAUGUUUGAGCUCAUUUUAAUAUGAACACUAAUCUUCCUGCAGCAGAAAACCUCAGUUUCCUUUUCAUCCAUUUCACUCAUUAACACCGUUUGACUGUUCAGUUUUGAAAGAUUUUCACUGUUUCUGGGUUGUUUGUUUCAUCGGAGCGGGUACAUUUCCAACUGCAGAAGAUUACUUUGUUAUUUUAAAGAAGAAAAAAAAAACCCAUAAAACUCUCAAUCGAAUGUUAAUCUCAAAUUAUUUUAGCAAAAACCUCUUUUUUGUGAUUUAUUAAAUGAUAAAGUACUUGUCACA